AUGGCCCUCAUCCGCUCCCUACUUGUCCUCCUGCUGCUACUCUGCUCGGCCGAUGCCUCCGGCACAUUGGCGCCGGCGCACGCGCCGGCCACGGGGCUAGAGGCGGAGAAGUUUUGCUUCGGCAUCGGUACCAACGAUCAAACAUUGACCUGCCUGGCGAACGCGGCAGCGGCGUGCCUGGCCACGAGUGCCGUCGUCGAGGAGUCUACUUUCCUGGCGUGCUUCGUGGCCGACGCCGGCUUUGAUUCGCAGUGCCUGGCCGCCGGACCGCCGCAACAUGGGAAGCAGGAGGAGCACUGCAUCGGCAUUGGUAUCAGCAACGACCGGAUGACAUGUCUUGGGCUGGUCGGCUGGUCGUGCCGCGGCAGCAGAUUCGGCAUUCUGGGGUUUGUGCCGUGCUACCUCGGGAGCAGCAUGAAGUGCAUAGUGUAA